UUUCAUCACAUCAUCACCAUAACACACUUUGUCCUGUUUCGCUUCCUGAUCUGUACUUUUUUGUAUAAUCGAAAGUCUGCUGCAUUUGUGAAUCCACUCCGAUCUGCUUCAGCCUGACACUCCAGCACAGAAACAGCCAAAACAGAGGAAACAACGCAGUACCUGGACAUGGCCCCCCAGUGGCUGAGCUGUGGUACUGCAGUCCUGUUGCUCUUAGCUCAGACUGGUCCAGUUGUCGCACAGAUGUCCUGCAGCGCCUUCAGUCCAGGGAUCCCUGGUAUUCCAGGACUCCAUGGACCCAAUGGUAGAGAUGGACCCAAAGGACAGAAGGGAGAUCCAGGUGAUGCGGAUCCAUUAGUCAGACUACAGAAGGGAGAUCCAGGUCUGCGUGGACCCCCAGGACGACCUGGUCUAAAAGGGGACGCUGGUCUCCCUGGGCCUCCUGGUCUUCCAGGUCGACCAGGGGAGAAGGGGCGGCCCUUCAACCCUACCAACCAGCAGCACUCCUUUUUCUCCUACAAACGAGAGAUGGUGUACCCACCUGAACUUGACACCGCCAUGAACUUCAACAAAGAGUAUUUAGAAGACCUGGAUCAACAGCUUAGAGGAGACCCUCUGACAAAUGGGACGUUCACAUGCAGCAUUAAGGGACUCUACUUCUUCAGCUACCACAUAUCUGCAAAGAGCAGAGUGUGUCUGAAGCUCAUGAAGGGGGCAGAGCCUCACAUGACCAUCUGCGAUAACUCCGACGGGUUCUUGGUGACAUCUGGUUCUGCGGUUCUUGAGCUGGAGGUCGGGGACACGGUUUCACUGCAGCCUACCAAAUACAACUCCAUCGUGACAAGCCUUGCCACCAGUCACACCUUCACCGGCUUCCUCAUCUUCCCCACCAGCUAAAGGCUUUAUUAUGAGGAGGGGGCUUUCAAUGGCCAGUGAGACACUUUAAAAUAAUAUCUGAAGCAUCCAGACUUAUAGCAAUUAUUAUUUUCACAGACAUGAAGGAUCAUAUGCAGCCAAGAAAUAUUGAACCUGUUUUCCAUCACCUUUGCUCUCAAUAAAUAUUGGCUUGGUUUACA